GACAUAGACCUGAGAGCCAAUAGACAUGGCAGGUGUGAUGUGACGCGCCGGGGGCGAGGCUUGGGAACCCAGCGAGGAGGAGGAGGAGGGAGGCCGGCGCGAUACGCCGGGGGCGGUUAGCGGAUAAACUGCGCUCUGUGGGCGCAGGAGGGGGGGGGGGGGCAGGUCUCCGGGUACCGGGCCAAGCAGCCCGGCCUCUCUCCCAUGCCUCGGGAAGCCGCUGCAGAGGGGCGGCGGCGACGACGGAGGAGGAGGCGGAGAAGCGGCGUGGUGUGAGGAGCGGUGCAUGCCGCCGGGGAGUGGAGGGGGACGAUGCGCGAGUAUAAGGUGGUGGUCCUGGGGAGCGGCGGGGUCGGCAAGUCGGCUCUGACCGUGCAGUUCGUGACCGGAACGUUCAUCGAGAAGUACGACCCGACCAUUGAGGACUUCUACCGUAAGGAGAUCGAGGUGGACUCGUCCCCCUCCGUGCUGGAGAUCUUGGACACGGCCGGUACCGAGCAGUUCGCCUCUAUGCGGGAUCUGUACAUAAAGAACGGCCAGGGCUUCAUCCUGGUCUACAGCCUGGUCAACCAGCAGAGCUUCCAGGACAUCAAGCCCAUGAGGGACCAGAUCAUCCGCGUCAAAAGAUAUGAAAAGGUGCCAGUAAUUCUGGUUGGCAACAAAGUUGACCUAGAAAGUGAACGUGAGGUAUCAUCCACCGAAGGCCGUGCCUUGGCCGAAGACUGGGGAUGUCCUUUCAUGGAAACAUCAGCGAAGAGUAAAACAAUGGUGGAUGAGCUCUUUGCGGAAAUAGUGAGGCAAAUGAACUAUGCAGCCCAACCUGACAAGGAUGACCCUUGCUGUUCUGCGUGCAAUAUACAAUAGCAGUUUUAUGUAAUUUUAGGUAGAAAUGACUAUUUUAGCUGCAAAGGUUUAAAAAAAAGUUUUAAUUUUUUUUUCUUCACGUUUACCCAAAGAAAAGCAUUGUGAGAGGACUGCAUCUAAAACAUGGUUACUAUUUGAAUAACCCAUCUUGAUCUUCAGACUUGACAGUUGCUGAUUUGUGGCGUCCAUUUCUACAGCUGACACAGCAAUCAUGUUCUGUCACAUUAAAUAUAGAGAGACUGUGUUCCUACCAGAUAAAGAGAAGACCGUACAUGAAGCAGCAACCUCAACCACUGCAGGCGUUCUUCCUGAACAGGACAGCAAAGGACAUUUCUUUACAAAGCUAACUGACAUCCCAUUGUGUUUCUGAAAAAUAAAAACCUCUAACCACUCUUGAAUUACUUUAUUUAACAAUGGACUAGGAAGAAAAUGGAUUCAGAAAAUAAAGACUUUGGACAUGGGAUAGUCUUGUUUUGGGAAAUUUAAGCCAUGUUGCAUCCAGUUGAGGUAGCAAGGUUUUAUUUUCGGUAUGCUUCCCAAUGAUUAUGGACCUCAGUAUUUCUAAAGUGGCUCUCACUAUGUUAUUGGCUUGUUAUUAUUUGGUAUAACAAUUUGAUUGAAAGUGAAUAAGGAUUUUUUUUGUUAACUUGAUGCUGACAGGCUAUUGUGCAGUGAAUGUUGAUGUGAUAAGGUGCUGAAGUUCUGACGUUUCGUUUGGACACAACUUUUAUUAUUUGCAUGGGCAACUGCACACAAAUGCAAAUGACCUGCUUAAUCUUGUCUGAAAUGAAAUUUCAAUGAUUUUACAAUCUGAGAGCAGAAAAUCAAUAUUACAUAUGGUCAUGGAAAAAGAACCACCCAUACUCUGCUAAAACCUAGUAUCUUCUAAUAUUUGGUAGAAUAGUUUUCAUUUCUUUUGUGCGAGUGAGAAGCAGUGUGAAUGUACUGUGCAUUUGUAUGCUGGUUUACAAUUAUUGUAUUUGAGCUGAGGUUCAUUGUAUUUGUUCCACAGUGUAAAAUCUGUGCACUGAAUUAUCCCAGAGAAGUGCUUUCUUGUGGCUGAGACUAGAAUGUGUUGCGUCACUUAAGGCAGAAAAUAGUCUUUUUUUUUUUUUUUUUUCAUUAGCUGCUUUUCAA